CACUUAACUUUAAUAGGAAAAUAUUUAUUGAACACUGUACAUGUCUAUCAGUUUGGGAUAAUUGAUGAUGUGUUUCUUGGCGGUGUUUUUGAAAAGUUAAAGCUAAACAUCGUAAACAUAACGCACCAGUUAUUUGUAACCACGGCCCCCAGGUGCGGGGAAUGGCAGGGACUUUGACUUUCGGUCCAGCCAAUCCCUGGUCAAAUGCCCAUGCACCCUGGGACAUCCUAGUGUAAAUAAAAAAUGGAUUUUCUUGAGCAAUGUGACACAGACAGAAGAGCUGAGGAGGAAGAAAGAAGAUUACAGAAACAACGACAGGAGAUUCUGAACCGACUGGAAAUUUUGCAACAGAAAAAUCAACAGCUGACCAAGGAAGUGUUUGCCUCUCCGGACUGUGCUGAUCUGGACCAUGACAUUCAUCAACUUCGGGAUAUCUUGGAGAUAUACAGAUUCACUGGCACAAGUUUGUUACCAGAGGCUUACAAGAGCAAGGAAUGUUUCACUUUGAGGUUUGAUCCCCUGUACCAGAACCAGGCUCCAUCCCAGGAUUUCUACACCCUUCAGCUAUCUGCCAAGGGAGGCAAAUCUGUGGUGACCCAACACAGUUUACCUCCCUUCAUCCCCUUGGAGGAAAUGGAAAAAAACUUGUUAGGUGAAGAGGAUGAUAUACAGGGCUUUGUGAAUACAAUAUCCAGCUUCCUAUAUUCCUAUACACAGCGAUGUGAAGGUCUCAAACAUGCUCGGAGAGAGUUUGCAGAUUUUAUCUCUGAAGAACCCGAGGUGGACCUACCUGUGACAUACGUGCGCCUGUCUGUCCGCGUAGAUGAGUAUUCACCAGCUGCCCAUGUAACGCUGCAGUACACACUGGAUUCCCAUCUACCCAGCACUGUUGAAGUUGACCUUGAAACAGCAGACCUUGAAGGAAGUAAAGUGUCAAAGAAACGGCUUGAAAGACUAUCAGAGAAAAUGACUGGCCUUCUUUGUGGCGAACCAAUAUUUGAUGCAUUGUUAGGUGUUGUGCAGUUACUGAAAAAAAUGUCUAGCUGAGACAAAUAACAAGUGGUUGACCUGUUGAUACUUGUUCAGUUUGAAACACAAUUUCAUAAGUUGUAUUUAAUUCUUAAAAGGGUUACUUAUGCUUUUCGGCAAAAGUGCAUUUCUGUCUAAUUUUUAAAUACUUUUUAACAACAGAGCUCUAUUUUGUUUUAUCAUUGAAACAAGCAUCUUGUUCAAAUUAAAUCAAAGUUUAGUUUUUCAAUUGAUAAUUAAACAUGAAAUGAGUCCAUUAAAAAGAGAACAGUCAUUAUGAAGUGUAACAGAAAAUGUUCUGUGGUUGCCAACAAUGACAGUGUACAAGAGUUGCUGCUUCUGUUACUACUUCAUUCACUGCUUCAUUAACUGUUUUCUGCUUCAGUUACCACUUCAAUUUCUGCUUUAGUGACUGCUUCAUAACUGUGCAGUUUCUGCUUGAUUAACUGCUUAACUUACUUCUUCAGUUACUCUUUCAGUUUCUGCUUUCUGUAAUGCUUUAGUUACUGCUUCAGUGACUGGUUCAGUCUCAAACACAGUUCAAAUGAAGCUGUUACAGCUUAGGGCUGAGAGAAAGAACAUAAGUAUUCAAGUUGAAGUAAUGAAGCAGAUUAAUAAUUUCCAAUUAAGAUUACACAGGAUUAAGACAGUCCCAUGGAUAAGCUGUAUUUACCCAUCUCUGGUACAAAUAUUUGAGGUCCGAUUAGUGGAUUUAUCCAGCUAUUUUUGUAAAUCAAUGAAUACUGAUUAUUACCCAUGCCGUUCAAAGAAGUUUGUCUGCAACUAGAUUUUUAUCUGAUGAAUUUUCAAAUCUUACCUAAAAAAUGAUGCCACAGUGUUUCAAUAUAUAAAGAAGGCAACCUGUUUUCAGUGUAUACAUGUUUGUAUUUAAGAUCAUCAUGUCAAUUAUUUAAGUAAGGUCAUCCUAAAAAUAUAUUGGCUGAUAAUUUAGAAAUGGUAAAAAGAUUUAUUGAUGUCAGACUUUUGUUUACAUGUAUGUAAACUUUUGUGUUACAGUCGGAGACCAGUAGUCAUGCAAAUAUCUUUUGGAAUUCUCUAAUUAUACCUGUAACAGGCUCUUUUAAGCCUAAACAAACCUUGACUUGGUAUGAACCUGUGCAACGAUUGUCUUUCAUUGUUACAACAUAUGGCUUAUAAUUUUAUGCACUAAUGAAACUUAAAAGGUUUAAUGUCUUUUUUGUUGACAUCAUUUGACUGUUAUUGCUAGAACAGUAAAUCACUAAUCUUUAGUGAUUUACGGUUCUAAGCAAUAACAGUCAAAUGAUGUCAAAAAAAUCGACAUUAAACCUUUUUAGUUUCAUACGUUUAUAAAAACAUAAGCCAUAUGUCCCCUGGAAUUCAGACCAAAAUCCCCUGGGAAGCCUCUCAGAAAUAUGGCAUGUAUGCUAAACAAGUGGUACACUCGUGGCAUUUUCAAUCUGUUCCAUUUUAAAAUAGACUGAAAGUAACAUAUAGCAUUGUGACUAGGUAUAUAAGAAUGUUUUAAUUAUAUGUGCAUCUGCAAGCAAUAUGAAGUGCAUAAAACACUUGUUCCUAUAAAUACACUUGUUCCUAUAAAUACACUUGUUCCUAUAAAUACACUUGUUCCUAUAAAUACACUUGUUCCUAUGAAUACACUUCACGCAAAGUUUAAUGACCUCUUGAAACAAAAUAGUGCAUAAUUGAAAUGUAAUUUAACAAGAAGUAACUUUUCUUCUAAAUGAUUAUAAUUAUUGAUGUAUAAAAUGAAAGAGUUAUUGGUAUUGAAUGUUACUCCAAGGGGUUUGUAUUCAACUUUCAUGGACCUGCAAAAAUUUACUUGAGGCUCUUUUUACUCCCGGUUCAACAUGCGGUACAAAUAACCCUUUUGUAUUAUGUUUGUACUUAUGAUUAACAAUCUGACUGGCCUUUUACUGGUACAUGUUUAAUGUUUUAUCACAUUUUAUUUUACUUUUAUCAUCUUUAUAUUGUUGAUUUAAAUAAAACACCCAUAGCAACA